UCCCGAUCCGAUACGACUACGAGUGCAUUGCAGUGGCGGCGAAUCAAGCGUAUAAAAAGCCGGCGAAUCAAAAUCGGAGCAAUUCAAUCGGUGUUCGCUGGGAAAUCGUAAGUCUCUGUUCAAAUUCAUUGACGGAUUAAUCAAAUGGAGGACGAAGCUGAGAUAUACGAUGGUAUCAGAGCUCAGUUCCCUCUAAGUUUCGGAAAGCAGUCGAAGCCCGUGACGCCUCUCGAAGCCAUCCACAACGCUACCCGCCGGGCCACGGCCACAGCCACCACUGACGGCGUCGCCUCAUCUAAUAGUACCGAUAGCAACAAAGACUUCCCGUCUCUGUCCUCGUCCUCCAAAGUCUGGCUAGACUCCCUGAAGAAUUCUAACCCUACCUCGCGCGGUCGCGGUAACCCUAACCCUAGAGUUAGUAGCUCGAGUGAUAUCGUUAGGGGGAAGAGCGUCCGGGAUGAUGACGCGAUGGUUGGGCCGCCCCGGCCACCGUUGGAUUCUGAUUCGGUUAGUGGAGGAGAGGACGAUGGACUGAUGAUUGGUCCUCCUCGGCCGCUGCAUAUAGAUGAUGAUGAUGAUGAGGAGGAGGAUCGUAUGAUUGGACCGCCGCGGCUCGCGGCUGUUAAUGAAGAGGAUGACGAUGAUGAUGACCAGAUGAUUGGGCCGCCUCCGCCUCCACCGGAUUCGAGAUCAGAUGAUUCUGAUGCGGAGGAGGGUUCGGACGGGGAAGAAGGUGGUCGAUAUCGGAUACCUCUCAGCAAUGAGAUUGUCUUGAAGGGUCACACUAAGGUUGUCUCAGCACUUGCUGUUGAUCAUUCAGGAUCUAGAGUUCUCUCAGGAAGUUAUGACUAUUCAGUGCACAUGUAUGACUUUCAAGGGAUGAAUACUCGCUUGCAGUCUUUCAGACAGCUUGAACCAUUUGAAGGUCACCAGGUUCGCAAUCUCAGCUGGAGCCCAACAUCAGACCGAUUUUUGUGUGUGACUGGCUCAGCCCAAGCUAAGAUUUAUGACCGGGAUGGGCUUACCCUUGGCGAGUUUGUAAAGGGGGACAUGUAUAUCCGUGACCUUAAGAAUACCAAGGGCCACAUAUCAGGAUUAACCUGUGGGGAGUGGCACCCAAAAACAAAGGAGACAAUUUUGACCUCAUCAGAGGAUGGUUCUCUACGGAUAUGGGAUGUAAAUGACUUUAAAAGUCAAAAGCAGGUGAUCAAACCAAAACUUGCAAGGCCUGGAAGAGUUCCUGUUACCACAUGUGCUUGGGAUCGUGAAGGGAAAAGCAUAGCAGGUGGCAUUGGGGAUGGUUCUAUACAGAUAUGGAACCUUAAGCCUGGCUGGGGAAGUAGGCCAGACAUACAUGUUGAAAAAGGUCACUCAGAUGAUAUAACUGGACUUAAGUUCUCUAGUGAUGGGCAGAUUCUACUAUCGAGAGGCUUUGAUGAUUUACUAAAGGUUUGGGAUCUGCGCAAAGUGAAAGAGCCACUUCGUGUGUUUGAGGAUCUUCCUAAUCAUUAUGCUCAAACUAAUAUCGCGUUCAGUCCAGAUGAGCAACUCUUCUUGACUGGAACCUCUGUUGAAAGGGAUAGCACAAUUGGUGGUUUGUUGUGCUUUUUUGAUCGAGCAAAGCUUGAACUUGUGUCUCGGGUUGGGAUUUCACCAACUUUUAGCGUUGUUCAGUGUGCAUGGCACCCAAAACUAAAUCAGGUCUUUGCAACCACUGGCGAUAAAAGACAAGGAGGAACUCACAUACUGUAUGAUCCGACACUCAGUGAGAGAGGAGCACUUGCUUGUGUUGCACGUGCUCCUAGGAAAAAGUCUGUUCAUGAUUAUGAGGCGAAACCUGUGAUUCACAACCCUCAUGCACUCCCCUUAUUUAGAGAUCAGCCAAACCGGAAGCGCCAAAGGGAGAAAAUAUUGAAAGACCCAAUGAAGUCCCACAAGCCUGAACUUCCUAUAACGGGGCCUGGUCAUGGGGGAAGAGUUGGUACAACCAAGGGAAGCUUGUUAACUCAGUACCUUAUGAAGCAAGGAGGCAUGAUCAAGGAGACAUGGAUGGAGGAAGAUCCUAGAGAAGCUAUUCUGAAAUAUGCCGAUGUUGCAGCCAAAGACCCAAAAUUCAUUGCUCCUGCGUAUGCACAAACACAGCCUGAACCAGUUUUCGCAAAGUCUGAUUCCGAGGAUGAAGAGAAGUAAUCUUAACAUGUUCUUGCCACCAAUGUUGCCCAUUCUGCAGUAACUCGUGCCACUCUUCUUUUUUAUCCCCCUCUGGUGUUAUUCGAUGUUUUUCUAUACGACUAGUUGUGGCAGAUUCUUUCUUCCACUGUCUCCCCAUUUGGCGGACUGCAAUGGCGUUUUGGUGACUGCCUUGUGCCGCCAUCGUCGUAUUGUUGUAACCGAGCUGUUGAUAAUAGCUUCUUUUUUUUUCUACGUUUAUGUAUCGUUUUUAUAAAGAGAUUAUUAUCACA